UGGUGGAGGUUGCCCCUCUCUUUCUCUUUCUCUCUGUGUGUGUAUGGAACUCUUUGUUUCUCUCUAAAAGCAUUUAGCUUGAGCCAUUAUCCGCCACCCUUUUUACGCGCAAAGCUUUUCCAGUAAUCAAGCUUCCAUUUAAGAGAUAAAACAGAGAGAGAUAGACAGACACUCACAGAAUGAAUACUCUCUCUGAUAGAGAGAGAGAAAGAAACAUAUAUUAUUAGGGCAUGUGUGUGUCUCUACUCAUUUCCAUUUUCCUUGCUUCUUAUUUAACCCUACCUUCUCUCUCUUUCCCCCACUCAACCUUUCUUUUUCUUCUCUCUCUCUCUCUCUCUUUAAUUCCUUCCCUUUUCCCUUCUUCGGGAUCUGAUCUCUCUCUCCUGUUCUCCCCUACAAAGUAACACUUGCAUCCACUGGGAUUACAAACACUUCCUUCACUUCAUUUCCCGAGAAACACUUUCUUGUUUCCUUGUUUGUUUCUGUUCACUUUCUUUCUAUAUUUCUGUGUUCUUUUGUCUGGUCCAGUGUUAAAAGGUGAAAGAGAGUCAGUGAUAAAAGCUCUACCCUAAAUCGUCUUACUUCUAAAACGACUGGCGGGUCCAUUAUUCCGUCAACCAGGGUGAACCAGAUCUAACCAGGAGCUUCGCUCGGCUCGGGUCUAUUCUCGAAGAUUAUCAAGUGAUAAGCACUGAUGCCUUAAUUUCAAGCAAACAGAAGAUGCAAUUAAUAAAACUUCAUAUCUUACUGAUCAGUUUUUAUGAGAUAGGAGUUUAAUCUGACUUCUGCUGCUCCCUUUAUUUUGGAUUUUUAGUUCUCGAAAGAGUAUGAAUACCUUCUCACAUGUUCCGCCAGGCUUUAGAUUCCAUCCGACAGAUGAGGAACUUGUCGAUUACUAUCUCAGAAAAAAGAUUGCUGCAAAAAGGAUUGAUCUCGAUGUAAUCAAGGAUGUUGAUCUUUACAAAAUUGAACCAUGGGAUCUUCAAGAGUUGUGCAAAAUAGGAACUGAAGAGCAGAAUGAGUGGUAUUUCUUUAGCCACAAGGAUAAGAAGUAUCCGACAGGAACUCGAACUAAUAGAGCAACAAAAGCAGGGUUCUGGAAAGCUACAGGAAGAGACAAGGCUAUCUAUUCAAGACAUAGCUUGAUUGGCAUGAGAAAAACCUUAGUGUUUUACAAAGGAAGAGCUCCAAAUGGACAAAAAUCAGAUUGGAUCAUGCAUGAAUAUCGACUAGAAACUAAUGAAAAUGGAACUCCUCAGGAAGAAGGGUGGGUAGUAUGCAGGGUGUUCAAGAAGAAAAUGCCAACAAUCAGGAAAGUUGGAGAAUAUGAGUCGCCAUGUUGGUACGAUGAGCAGGUCUGCUUCAUGCCAGAAAUGGAUUCUCCAAGGCGAAUUACUCAACCUUACGCAUCAUACCUCCACCACUAUCCUUGCAAGCAAGAGUUUGAGACAUUGCAAUAUAAUAUGCCUCAUGACCCUUUACUCCUCCAGCUUCCCCAGCUGGAAAGCCCCAAAGUUCCACAGUCAGCUGCAAGUGCCAACUGCAACUCCAGACUCCCAUAUGGUGGUUAUGAUACCAACAAUGGAAGUACCCUGCAGUCCUCAACUCUUACACAGGAUGAACAACAUCACCAAAAUUUGAGCUCACUUUACCAUAACAAUGGUGAGCAAGCUGUGGAUCAAGUAACCGAUUGGCGAGUCCUUGACAAAUUUGUUGCGUAUCAGCUUAGCCACGAGGAUUCUUCCAAGGAAGUCAGCUACUCCAAUGCGGCAGCCUUUCAUGUUGCUGAACAGGUGAACGUGCUUGCCAGUGAAUCAAAAAGGCCAGAAAAUGUUCAGGAAUAUGCCUCAACGUCAACAUCUAGUUGCCAAAUUGAUCUAUGGAAGUGAUCAAAAACACAAAUCUUAUAUGAAGUUAAUUACUAGAGAUGCAUAUUAAUUAAUUAUAGAUACUACAGUUUAUAUGAAAAAGAAAUAUCGAGGAUCCAAGUGGCUGUACAUAAUAAAAUUAAAAAUUGUAUUGGACUUAUUGUGUCCAUCAUCAAAAUAUUUGAUGAGACUAUGUAUGAGUUAGUAAAUAGAGUGCAAAUGCCAAAUGCAAAUAAGUUGGUACUCUUUGUGGCUGAGGUUUAUGGGGACUGACUCAGCUGUUGAAUGUUGAAUGUAUGUUUUUGUUUUAUCAUUUUUUUAAUUAUUUUUUUCAA